GUCAUGUUUAUAAUAAUAACAUUAUUAAUUUUAAUACCAUUAACAGAAGAGUCCUCAUUUCAGUCUUGCGUCCCGCAUACACAAUUCUUUAUCAACGGUAGACAUUGCACUUGCGACGGAUUCGGCCGAUGGUCAGAGAAAGACUGUCAAUACGGUCUCCGUCGGCAAACGUGUACAUACGGUCAGGUUUACUGGCAAGGUUGUCGACAAUGCCGAUGUAAUAGUAAUGGAGAGCUUCAUUGCACUGAUAUUUAUUGCACUGAUAAGCAAUCAACUGCGAGACGUGAAUUAUCAACAAUUGGUAAUCGUUGUAUACCAUUAAAGUACUAUAGAGCGAACUGCAGCAUAUGUUUUUGUCCAGCAUCAGGUCAAAUAUCUGAAGCUCGAUGUACUGUAGAUUCUUCUUGUCUUUCGAGCCCUCAACAACAAUCAAAAUCAUUCACGACUAUUGAUGAUACGAACUGUAUACCAAAUGUUAUGUAUGUCUUCCCAUGUCUACAAUGUCUUUGUUCAGAAGACGGAAAGUUUCGUUUGGAAAAAUGCUUCGAAGUGUGUCAAGCUCAGAGUCAAUUAAAAUUAAAUCCGCAAUGCAAACCCGGUUCUUAUUAUAGAAGAAAUUGCAAUGUUUGUCAAUGUUCCCAAAAUAGAAUACAAGAUGAUAAAUUAUGCACUAAUAUCUCUUGUGGGAUAAAUACACCUAGUUCCAAUUUAGUUUCUUUAAGGAACAUGCGAAAAAAAUGUGUUCCGUACACAUUUACUCAACCUAUAUGUUUGUUUUGUGAUUGCAACUCUAAUGGAAGAAUCAAUGAAGAUUCUUGCCUUUUAACAGAUUGCUCUACGAAUUUAGAAUUAAAAAGUGCAAACUACAGCGGACAGUGUAAUCCAGACGAAGUAGUGCCGGUUUGCGUGGAAUGCUUUUGCCUCCAAAACGGUUCAACUGAUGGAAAAUACUGCUCGAGAGCUUGUAAUUAUCAGAGUAAAUUUAAAGUCUUGGAGAGAGUUUUAACAGAAAGUAUACAGACGCAAAAUCUCAUAAAGAAAUCGGAUUUAAAAAUAAUACCAUCGCAAUCUUGUAAACCUAAUUCUGUAUAUUUUGAUGAAGGAAAAUAUUGUAUUUGUUCCACUUCUGCUACAAAUCUCAAACUGUGCAAAUCAUUCAAUGAUACGAAACCAUUCAGAACAUUACCAGAUAAUCAAAUUAAUUACAGUGUGGACAUGCCGUGUCAACCUAAUACGUUUGUGGACUUCGAUUGUAAUACGUGUUAUUGUUCAAAGAAAGGUAAAAUUGAUCCAAAAUGGUGCACAUACGAUGAUUGCAAUGCUAAAAGAUCUAUUCAAGAAUCACACAAACGACCAAAUCUAUUCACAGCCGAUACUUUGUCUGAGGCGUGUACACCAGGUUCAAUAUCUAAAGAUAAAUGCAAUUUCUGUAUUUGUCCUGAAAGCGGUUUGUCAAAAGAGAAAGCUUGCACUAAAAAUUAUUGUUCUGAUACUGUCAAUAAUCAAAACAAUGUAAAAUUUAUCUGCGAACCUUUAGCGUACUAUGAAGUGGACUGCAACGUUUGCUAUUGUCCAAGCGAUGGACUCAAAAAUGUAGCAAAAUGCACAAAAAAUAUAUGCGAAAAGAGUUACCUACGUUCAGACACCUGUUCUUCCGGACAACUUUUCAGUGAAAUGUGCAAUGUUUGUCUCUGUCCACCAAAUGGAAAUAAAAAUGAUAGAGUGUGUACAAACCACACAUGUCCUGAGGCAGCAUCGUGGCCUAGUUUUGAAUUAUCUGAAAAUCUUCUAGAGGACAGACUCACUAGUGAUACUAAAAGAAGUCUCGAUUUGUGUUUUCCUGGAGAACAAUUUAUAGACGGAUGUAAGCAAUGUGUGUGUCCCGAGAUGGGAUUGAAAAUGUAUGCUGAAUGUGAUGCGUCCCAAUGUACUGAUAAAAAUCAAAUGCAAUCAGUAACGGGAAGAGGAGGUCGUCAUUUCCGAAUCCGUCGUGACAUGCCGUGUUAUCAUUACAACCAAACAGAGCCUCAGAAGGAGUGUACUCCUGGAUCCAUGUAUAUUAUCAAAUGUCAAAUGUGCAUUUGCCCAUAUAUGGGCAGUAUAAUGCAUUUUUGUCGUCCACUAAAGAACAUUUACUGCGAACAGCCAUUCCCCAAUGUGUUUUAUGAACCGAUGGGAAGGCGACAUACCAACGAUAGUUCAGAAGCAAAUACUGUUGAAACAACAACGAUGGAGCCAAGUCACCAACACACCAAAUAUCAAUGUGACAAAGUGGGUCAUAUAAUGGAUUCAUGUUACAUCUGCGAAUGUAAGGAAAAUCAUCAGUUAAUUGAAGAGCACUGCUUCAAAAAUCAAGCUCGUUGCCGAAUGGCAUCCGAGUGCGAUCCUUUGCUCAACCACAAGAACCCGCCACCAUUGUGUUACCCUCCAUUGUUUUUCGAGGCUCAGCCGGAGACAUGUUUGAAACAAGGUUCAAAUUAAAAACGGAAUGUCUGUUUUUCAUGUUGAAAAUUUUCAACAUUUUUCAAAUGCCACAAACAGAAUAU